UGGAACCUCAACCCAAAGCCGCGGUCAGCUAACGGGACCAAACGGGCCAGGGGUCUCUAACAGCUGGUGCACCAUGAACUACAGCAGCUACAUCUGCGUGCUUCUGGUGGGUUUGUCCUGUUCCAGAUGUCCCUCACAUGUGUCUGCCAGUAAAAGUGAGCCGGACACUGCGGACUGGAUGACGACUCUGAAAACUCUCCAUGACGGAAUAAAGACGAUGGACACUUUCUUGGAUGUUGCUCGAAAUGUCUUUGAUGGCGAUGGCGGCCCGUGCCGUUACAGGUGUGCCGAUGGUUACAAGCCGGUGCCUCGUCCCGGGUACAAGCAGCCUCCGCCCAAUGGAUGUGGCUCCCCCAUGUUUGGAUUUCAGUUUGACAUAGGCAUCCCGUCCCUGAACAAAUGCUGUAACCAACACGACCGCUGCUAUGACACCUGCGGCCGUGAGAAGCACGACUGCGAUGGGGAGCUCCAGCUCUGUCUCAAGAACGUCUGCAGGGAUGUGCAAAAUGCUCUGGGAUUCGACCAGAGUGUCCAAGGUUGUGAUUCAACAGUGAAUCUACUAUUAGAAGCUGUGAAGCACUUGGGUUGUAAGUUGUACCUGAACAGCCAGAAGGAGUCCUGUGUGUGUCCGUAUGAAGAGAGGAGUGAACUGUGACGCCGCCACAGCGCCAAGACUGUGGAACUGACCGAUUCAAAGCACAACACAGACAGAAGGAUGCCAGCAACAAACUUUUUCACCCUCUUUUUACAGGGAGAGGAGACAUCUGAUAGGUCACAGACUGGUUUUAAAAAAAAAUCAUGUAACCAGGUUUAUUGUUCAAGAAUGUGUGCACGUGCAAGGAAUUAGACUGCGGUUUAAACAUUACACUCAGUGUACUUGCAUAGAAAAUAAGUUAAGUAAUGCGAAAAUAUAGAAUAAACAAUAUAUACAAUAGAAUUUUAAAUGAGUAGGGACCUAUCUUGACAGUGACAGCAAGUGAUUAAUGUACAUAUUAAACGCUGUGCAUUAUUGGAUGAUAAAUGUCCAGUCAGUGGAUGUUAUGGUGUCAGUGGGUUAAAGACACUGUUGCGGCUUCCAAAAACAAACCCUUUUAGCCGCAGAGAGUAUGAGGUUGGGUCCUGGGGUUCGCAGAUUUGUGACACGCACUGAGGUUAUGGUGACAGAUAAGCUGAGAUCCAAAGAUGCGUUUGGUGCAUUUAUUGUGGAAAAACAGCACAGAUCUAUCACAGCGCAGCAAAGAUGAUUAAAUGAAAAUGAAAACCAGUGGAUUAAACAGAUUACAACAAAUGAUGAAUAAAUGAGUGAACGAUGAAUGAGUAGCGCGGUCAACAAAAAUUACGGCUACUACCCAACCGUGACUCUCUCUCAUCUGUGUCACCAGUGAGUGCACACCUUUACACACACACACACUUCCGUCCAAUCACACGCCUACUCCCAAGUGAAUCACCGCUCCCACAGCACACACACAUCCAGGCGAACCGUGUACCUCAUCUUCAACCUGUAUGUCUCCUACAGACACCGUUAGUGACGGCAGGUGGAAAGAAACUUUUUGUGUCUGGUUGUUUUGUUUUGAGGUUUAAUAUUAUGCAGAAUUAUACAAUGCAAAUUGCUCUUUGGAGAUGAAUAAGUAUCUAUCUAUCUAUCUAUCUAUCUAUCUAUCUAUCUAUCGACAAAACUGUUUUUAUUAUUGCA